AUGACUCUGCAAAAUCUGGACUUGGCUUUGAGGGUUGAUGAGCCAAGAAAGCCCAUUGAUGUGAGCUCUGUAGAUGAAAGAUUAUUUUAUGAAAGAUGGGAGCACUCCAAUAGGAGUUGUUUGAUGGUGAUGAAAUACACUAUGGAUAAAUCUAUCAAAGAAUACGUGUCAAAGACAGAAAGGGCCAAAGACUUCUUGGAAUAUGUGAAGGCCAAUUAUACCAAGGUUGAUAAGGCAGAAAUGGCAACUCAUUUGAAGCUUCUCACAACUACUGUAUAUGAUGGAGUCAGUGGGGUUAGAGAUCAUAUCAUCAAGCUAAGGCACUACUUCAACAAGGCAAAUGAGAUGAAAGUGGAUUUGGGUGAAAAAUUUCUGAAAUGGUUGAUACUUGGGUCUCUUCCUAUUUCUUUUGAUGCAGUGAAGUUGACUUACAAUGCCUUGAAGGAAGAAUGGACUCUGGAGAAGUUGAUGUCCAUUGUAGUGCAACAUGAAGUCUCACUGAAGAAAAAUGAGACUCACUCCCUUGCUCUUGUAACUGAUCAAGUCAGUAAUAUGAAGAAAAAACCUCCACACAAGAAUUUUGGAGGCUUUAAGCAGUUCAAGAGGAAAGCAAAUUCAAAUCAAGGAACCUCCAAUGCAUCUGCUUCUUCUAAUGCCGCAAAGAAUUGA